CAUGUUUUGGAACGGCAGAUGAAUCUGACGGAGCAUAAUCUGUGAAAGUUACUCUACCAUUCCCGCGCGGAAGGCAGGGAAUCCUUGUCCGAGACUUACAACAUAACACGGAGUUUAGGAUUUUUCGGAGUAUGAAAACUGCCGGCCACUAAGCUUUAACACUCUGCUCCAUAGGUGUAUUGUUCAGUGGCAAAUAUGAACUUUGCUGCACCAUCACUUGGUUCUGUUGGUGGUAGAUCUGCUGCAAGAGCAUUUGAGUUUGGAAGAACCUAUGUAGUCAGGCCUAAAGGUAAACACCAAGCAACCAUAGUUUGGUUGCAUGGCCUCGGGGAUAAUGGCUCCAGUUGGUCCCAGUUAUUAGAGACCCUUCCUCUUCCCAAUAUUAAAUGGAUAUGUCCAACUGCUCCUACUCGACCAAUGUCUGUAUUUGGUGGCUUUCCUUCUACAGCAUGGUUUGAUGUGGAAGAGCUUUCUGAAAACGCUCCCGAUGAUCUUGAAGGUUUGGAUGCUUCCGCAGCACAUGUUGCCAAUUUGUUGUCUACAGAGCCCGCAGACAUUAAGCUUGGUGUUGGAGGGUUUAGCAUGGGAGCAGCUACUGCCCUUUACUCUGCAUCCUGCUUUACUGCUGGAAAAUAUGGGAAUGGCAAUGCUUAUCCGGCCAACAUAAGUGCAGCUGUUGGUUUAAGUGGCUGGCUUCCAUGUUCAAAGACUUUGAGUAACAAGUUACAAGGUGUAGAUGAAGCUACAAGGCGUGCUCAGUCUUUUCCCAUUUUGAUGUGUCACGGAAAAGGUGAUGAUGUGGUUCCAUACAAGUUUGGUGAGAAAUCGUCGAAAUGCUUAAGUUCUAAUGGAUUUCAGGAUGUAACUUUUAAAGCUUAUAAUGGGCUUGGCCACUACACAAUUCCAGAAGAGACGGAUCAUGUUUGUGCUUGGCUAACAUCAAAACUGGGACUUGAGGGCAAUGCUGCCUAGUUUGCAUUACCAAGAAUGAGGAAAAAAUACUCAUUCCCAUUUUUCUAUUGCUUGUGUUAUUACUAUUAUUUAAUAUGUUGUGGCGUUGCCAGCAAGUAUCUUGGGGUUAUUGAUUAAAGAAAACAUUAAGUAUUUAUUGGGACUUUUUUAGGUUAAAAAUGCUUUGCAUGUUGUAUUUUUUAGUGAAUAUUUUUUAAAAUUGUGGGCUCUAGUAAUCCAACCUAGUUCUAUUUCUAUUGACAA